UUAAGAACAGCUAAGCCAUUUUGACUUGGACUAACAAAAUUAGAUAAAAUUGUGACCACAACCUCUCUUCUUCUUACCAAGCUGUUUCCUUAAUACCCUAUUACACUGCCACGUAUCCACCCUCCCCGCCUUAUGCCUAACCCUAUCUUCCCUUCUCCCCAUCUUAAAUUUCUUCUCUGAGCUUAAUCACUUUUUCUUCUUCAUCACAAUUUUUCAUUCUCUCUGCAGCUUUACUUCAACUCCGCUUCUGUGCAAGCAAAUCUAACUCUCUCUCUCUCUCUCUCUCUCUCUCUCUCUCUCUCUCAUAACAAACAACAAAACACAUAGAAAAAUGUCAGGUGGGGUUGGUCCAACUUGCAAUGACAUAAGCCUGCCAAAAGAACAAGAACAUGAAUUCAAAGAACACCAUGACCCAGCUUCCUCAAAGCUCAGCCCCCGCCAAAAUCCCCCGGCCCAACGCAAACCCGGUUUGUUCUCCUUCCGGCAGCUCAACGCCCUGGCAGUCAUCGUUGUCCUCGCGGCCAGCGGCAUGGUAAGCCCUACAGACUUUGCUUUCGUUCUCUUCUCCAUGAUCUACAUCCACUUCAUCUCCAAAGUUGCUUUCCCCACAAACCUCAAUUCUCCUAAAGACCCCGCAGUGUUUAACCCUCAAAACAAGAUUCUGCGCCUCUAUGUUCUCGUGGGAGCCAUCGUAGGCCUUUUGCUCCCCAUAGCUUAUAUACUUGAGGGCAUUGUGGAGGGUGACAAAGAAGGCAUCAGCGCUGCUUCCCCACAUGUUUUCCUUCUUGCCAGUCAAGUGUUCAUGGAAGGAGUGGCUUUCACUGACAGGUUUUCGACCCCAAUACGCGUUUUCGUGCCGGUUUUCUAUAAUUCCAGGAGGAUUUUCACCAUUGUGGAGUGGCUCAGAAGUGAGUUUUCCAAAGAGUAUGAAGAGUAUGGUGGAUCUGCAAAGAGAUUGUAUCUCGGGAGAGGGCUUGCAACUGCUAACAUGGCCUUUUGGUGCUUCAACCUUUUUGGGUUCUUAUUGCCUGUUUAUCUUCCUAGAGCUUUCAAGAAAUAUUACUCUCUGCAAAAAGUGAAAGAAUAUUGACCAAUCAAUGUACUCAAGGGCAUACUUUUUUCUC